AUGUGUUGUGAAGAUAAUAAAACAAAUAUUAAGGAAUAAUAACUAUAAUUGAAAUAAGAAUAGAAAAAUAUUAAAAUAGUAGUUUUAGGAGAUAGUGGAGUUGGUAAAACAAGUCUUAUUCAGAGGUUUUGUUUUGAUACUCUAUCAGAAAAAGAAUAAACUACCUUAGGUGUAGCUUAUUAGAGCGCUUAGAUUGUGAUUAAGGGUUCAGUUUUAAAACUGCACAUCUGGGAUACAGCCGGAAGUGAGCGAUAUCGAUCUUUGGCUCAGUUGUGUUAUAGAGAUGCUAAUGCAGCUAUAUUGGUGUAUAAUAUUACAAGCAGAUAAUCAUUUGAAUAGGUGUAUUAUUGGGAGAAGGAAUUAUUAGAGAGAUAUAAUGUAAGUAGUUUAGAUUUGAGUAUUGGGCUGGCAGGAAACAAAAGUGAUUUGAAUUAAGAGAGAGCAGUCUUUAAAAACGAAGCUUAGAUUUAUGCUAAACAGCAGGAUUUCGUAUUUUAUGAGACAUCUUCAAAGACUGGGGAAGGAAUACAAAUGCUAUUUACAGAAGUAAUAGAAAGAUAUUUAAGAUAAAAAUAAUAAUGA